AUGUCAGACGAGGAACAGUACCACUCAGAUGAGGCAACAACCACAGUGGCUAUUAAUGCGGCUGCAGAAGACGAGAAAACGCUAAAUGAAUCUCCCCCACUACCUUCAAGGGAACCAAUUCAGUCAUGCUUACAUUUAGAUGAGGAAACAAUAACAUCCGACGUUGAUCCCAACUCCAUCUCCAAAUUGAAUGAAAUACUGCAUUCGUAUGAUAAAUCUUCUUCAAAUUAUCUCCUUCAAUCUAAACACAAGGUAUUAUCAAUCAAGUUACAUGAUAAAAACAGUAGCACACAACGUUCGAUUGAAUCGGGGGCAGAAGACAUUCGAAGAACAUUCAAUCAGAUAAAGAAUGCAGUCAGUGUCGCCGGUACACCUUACAACAUUGAUUGGGACUUUUGGACAUCCGUUGUUGAAAAUUAUGAUGAAAUUGUUGAAAAGAAUCCUGACCAAUUAAACAAUGCUAUAAAUCAAGGGAUACCAAAUGAGAUAAGAGGUAUAAUUUGGCAAAUCAUCACCAAAUCAAAAGACUCAAAUUUGGAGGACUUUUACCAUUCAUUGAAGCAAGAGGUUUCAAUUCACGAAAAGGCAAUCAAACGAGACCUAACGAGAACAAGCUUUUAUACAAACAUUGACGCGUUUGAUAAAACCGAUGCUUUGUUUAACGUAAUCAAGGCGUACUCCUUGUAUGAUCCUGAUGUGGGCUACACCCAGGGAAUGAUCUUUAUUGCCGCUCCAUUGAUUAUGAAUAUGUCCGAAAGCGAAUGUUUUUGUCUACUAGUUAUGCUUAUGAAGGAGUAUCAAUUAAGAGAUUUGUUUUGUCCGGGAAUGAAAGGCUUGCAUUUGUUAUUGUAUGAAUUUGACUGUUUGUUAGCAAAGUAUUCCCCUGUAUUGUACAACCAUUUAGUGAAGCAAGGAAUCAAAUCAUCAAUGUAUGCAAGUCAAUGGUUUCUCACCUUUUUUGCAUACAAAUUCCCUCUUAAUAUUGUAUUGCGGAUAUAUGAUAGCAUAAUCACUCAAGGUAUGGAGUCGAUAUUGAAGUUUGCUGUCAAUUUGAUGAUCCAAAAUGAGAACAACUUGCUCAGUUUGAAUUUUGAUAAAUUGUUGCAAUUCCUCAAAGACAAGAUGUUUAAUGUCUAUGUGAGUCCAGAAUUUAUUGACAUCAAAGAUGAUGCAAAGUCAACCAAGCUCAAGCACUUUCUCACCAGAGGCAAAUCGUCUCAAGUGCCUCUUUCACAUAUUGGUGCCUCGUCAUACUACAGGUUAGAUGAUUUGGUGCACGAUUCAAUGAAGAUCAAUAUUGACCCGGUAGAGCUCGCCAAGUUUGAACUAUACUUUAACAAGUACUACGGGGAUGAGAAGUUAAAACUAAAGGAUAUCAAUCAUAUGAAUAGUGAAAAUGGCAAACUCCGCAAAACGUUAAAGACAUUGGAGUUUCAGUACUCAAACUUGAACCGUGACCAUGUUGAUAUCGUACAAAAGAUGGUUGAUUUGAAAGUGACUUUGCCAGAAAUUGUCAAUGAAAGUCAGGAGUUACAAGAGAGUAUUGACAAGUUAAAAGAGGAUAUUACCAGAGUCGAGUCUAAAAUGGGAGAGGAAUCUCCAGAAGACAUCAUCCCAAGCUCCAUCGAAGAUCAAAUUCAAGAGUUGUUACAAAUCAAUCAAAAAGAGGUUGAAACGACUGCCAACUUGGAGGACGAGUUAGCCACAUUGAUGGAACAAGACCGUGAAUUGGAUCAACAGUUGAAGAAACUGCAUAGAGGUAGCACUUGGUUCAAAUGGAAUAAAUAA